GCAUCGCGCAUCUCGCUCCGCCGGCUCCACGCCCCACCGCAUCGCUCCUCUCUUGCGCGAGCGCCCGCAUCGGCUUCCUCUCCCGCAUCUCGCUCCGCUUCCCCCACCGCAUCCCUCUCGCUGCACGCCGUGGGGACAGGCGCUGCGGCGCCACGCUGCAUCGCGCUCGUCUGCCUCCCUGCAUCACGCUCACGCUCGCUCCCAACUGCACCAUCCGUCUCCCGUACCGCAUCUCGCUGCACGCCGUGGGGACAGACGCUGCGGCGCCGCGCCGCAUCGUGCUCGUCUGCCCCCUGCAACCCACUCCGCCCCUAGCAAUGGCUGACUCUCCUUCUCCCGCGUCGUUCCGAAUCCACAUCCGAGAGAAGCGAAACCACCACCGCCGGCACCUACUAACACCUAUGUCGUUUCCGCUCCCUGCUUCCUCUCAGUCUCUUCGUGGCUCCACGCUCCGCCGGGACUGGGAAAGCCGAAAAAUUAAAGCGGCUUCCCAGGUUCUUGACUGUUGACAUGCUCGGUGUUUGCAUGCUACAAAAACAAGCCGAAGCAAGCACCGGAGCUGAAAAGAUAGGCCACCUUAAUAGCAGCAAUCAAACCCAUCAUCAUGCUUUUUUUCUUUUUGAGAAAGACCAUCAUGCUUUUUAAUCAACACCAUAACUGUUUAGAGCUUCCUCGAUGGUGCCUUGCAGUUGGGCUGUUUGCGAUCGACUUUUUUUGUUGGAUCUUUGGUUGAAAUUGACAACUCCCCACCUCAACGACUGCUGAAUAUGUUGGAAAUUUUGGCAGCUUCAUCGUCAAAUCACGUCAAUAGGUGCUAGCCUUUGAACAGAAGUUCCUUUAUCGUCUCGAUCCAGAAACAGAUGACAAAUAGUCUACGGAGGUUUAAUUUUUCGUCAACGCUUGAAGCGACCUUCUACAUCCCUGGUGAAUCAAGAAAGAUCAGCCUCCCUUUUUUCUUUCAAUCAAUUAUCCAGCACAUCUUUUCCCUCAUGGCAAUGAAGAUUAUUAUACCUGAUUCUUAAUUUUCCUACUUCAUUUGUUUGUGACUAAUGAGAAUUAUGUUGUCCUUACUCUAUUUUGCCCAGUUUUUAACCAUCAAUUCUUUUUAUUCUAAUGGUGCAAUGACAUCAACUGAAUUGAUCAAGAACAAAGGAAGAGUGAACAGUGCAAUAGUGCACAGGUAUGUGAUUGUUAACCUAUUUUAUAUUUAGGAGCUUUUUAUAUUCUCUAUUUUAUUUCUUAUUAUGCAUCCCUUCACAAAGGUAGUAUUCCUAUACUUGAGUAUCUUAUGAAGCAUUCGCGUAUGAACUAUCUGUGUUGUGUGGAUCCUCCUCCCUAUUGCUUCCAUAGUUCCAUAUGCAUCAAAGGUUGCAUAUUUCUUUAGUUUAUCAAAAAGGUCUAAUUUCUCUUUGCUAGGUAAUUCACCUGAUGGUGUGUAGUCCUAUUGUUUGUGGCAAAAUGGAUUUUCAAAUGGGUUCGAUCAUUGAAUUACAUCACCUUUUGCUAAGAAGUUAACUAGAUACAUACGAUUUGAUCUACAGUUGAAUACAAUCUGUUGAUCUACAGUUGAAUCUAGACUGCAACUUCAAAAGAUACUUGGUAUUUGAUCAGUCCCAUUGUACUUAUACUAAAAUUUUAGAAGCAGAUCGAUGGAAAUGUUUAACAGUUUAAGAACGAAAGGAACCUGAUAAUCAAGUGACAUUGGUAUUCCAGUUCAGGGAACUCAAGUGAACUUUUUCACAGCUAAAUUCUUCCCGUCUAUCCAUACGGCCCACUACAGGCCCACUUUUUUAUGGGCCAAUUCACAACCCAAAACCCUCCUACCAUCGUCGUCCUUCCGCUCGCGCCAGCAGCGGUGGCCGUUGCCGACACGUCCGUGCGCGGCGCCGGAGCCGGCACGGGUUCCGCCGUGGCUUGGUGGCGCUACAACUUCAGGUGAUUUAGGCAUGCCAUGUAAAAGCGGGCGGUGUGGCCGGUGGCUCGCUUGAACUUCAGCUGAUUUAGGCUUUUAGCGAGUGGUGUUAGUUGCUAAAUCAGGAGUCGUCUAAUUAUAAGAUGCCUCGUCUCGUCCGGCCAAAGCGCCACCAUGCUUGUCCCUCCCCUUAUUUUCUCGCCAUCGAUAGCCUGCCUCGGCGUUUUCCGGUCGCGAGGUUAAAGGGGAAGAACUGAAGAAGGAAGGGAACCCAUCACCUCAUCAAAUCUGCCUGUCUUGAUUGUGCAUUUUGGACUCUUCGAUCCAUGUCUGCGUGAAGAAUUUUCAGCUUCUACUCAGUAAGAGAUCAAAACGCGAUUUAAAAAAACUGGAAUUCCGUCCGCGCAAAUCCACGCGUGGAUCAGCGAGGAUGGUGAUGCCAAUGCCGACGGAGGGCAGCGAGCCACUUCUCCCGAGGAAGCAGAGGGACGGCGGUGACGACGGCGCCGCCUCGUCGCACGACCACUUCGACGGCGCGUCCUUCUCCGGCGCGGUGUUCAACCUGUCCACCACCAUCGUCGGCGCCGGCAUCAUGGCGCUCCCGGCCACCAUGAAGGUGCUCGGCCUCGUGCCGGGCCUCAUCCUGGUGAUGCUCGCCGCGGUGCUCACGGACGCCUCCAUCGAGCUCCUCGUCCGGUUCAGCCGCGCCGUGGGCGCCACCUCGUACGGCGAGGCCAUGGGCGACGCCUUCGGUGCUUUCGGCAGGGGGCUCCUCCAGCUCUGCGUCGUCGUCAACAACGUCGGCGUGAUGGUCGUCUACAUGAUCAUCAUCGGCGAUGUGCUCUCUGGGAAGUCAUCCAGCGGCGGCGUGCACCAUCACGGCGUGAUAGAAGGAUGGUUCGGUCCAAACCGGUGGAACGGCCGCUUCUCCAUCCUCGUCAUCGUCACGCUCGGUGUGUUCACUCCACUGACAUGCUUCAAGCGAGUCGAUUCACUGAAAUACACGUCGGCCUUAUCGGUUGCUCUGGCCGUCGUGUUCGUGGUGAUCACUGCCGGAAUCACCACCAUCAAGCUGAUGAGAGGGCAGAUUCCGAUGCCUAAACUGUUCCCUGAUGUUCAUGACUGGAGCUCCACCUGGAGACUUUUCACUGCAGCUCCAGUUCUUGUGACCGCCUACAUUUGCCAUUACAACGUGCACCCAAUUCACAACGAGCUCAAGGACCACUCCCAGAUCAGGCCAAUAGUGCGGGCGUCGCUGCUGCUCUGCUUGGCCGUGUACACCACCACCAGCUUCUUCGGCUUCCUCCUCUUCGGCGAGGCAACGCUGGACGACGUGCUCGCAAACUUCGACUCCGACCUCGGCAUCCCCUACAGCUUGGUGCUCGACGACGCCGUCAGGGUCAGCUACGUGCUCCACCUCAUGCUCGUCUUCCCCAUUGUGUUCCACGCGCUGCGGUUCAACAUGGACGGCCUCCUCUUCCCCUCGGCGAGGCCCCUCUCUUCCGACAACCGGAGGUUCGGCGCGAUCACGGCGGCGCUCCUCACGGUCAUCUUCCUCGCCGCCAACUUCGUCCCCAACAUUUGGGACGCGUUCCAGUUCACUGGCGCCACUGCCGCCGUCGCCAUUGCCUACAUUUUCCCUGCUGGAAUGGCACUGAGGGAUCGCCACGGCAUAGCGACGAAGGGCGACAAGUAUCUCGCGGUGUUCAUGAUUGUUCUUGCUUUGGUGGCAAAUGGAGUGGCCGUGUACAGCGACGCUUGCUUGGGGACGUUUUAGUUGGCGAUCGCACAUCUCCGUGGUGAUCUGUGCAUUAGUUAGUGCGAUAUGAAAAAUUCGUUGUUUGCACGUUGAACUCAACCAUUUUGAGUUCCAUUUAUAAUAAGUACAUAUGUACAAAUUGCCUGCAGGUUCUGCAGAGAUAGGUGUAGAUAAGAAUGCAGCGGUGAAAAAAAAAUUCUAAACCGUGAAUUUGUAGACCUUUUCUUGUUACUGACAAAUUGGUUGUUCUAUACAUGUCCAAACGGUACUGGACAAGAACUGAUCAGUUCAUGUUGAUUUUGGUGAUAAUUAAAGUCACUGGGAUUCGAUUGGUGUA